GCCAAGUAUUACUGCGAAUAAUCACAUCAACCGUUCCUAUCUUCACAUCCUUUUUACGUCAUGGGACCUGAUGCCAGUUUCCUAAGUACUGGAGUGCUUCAUAUCAUUGUAUGGGGUAGCUUGGGAGCCAUGGCAAUGCUUCUGGUGUUUAGUUUCCUCCUCUUUCUCUGCUCUGGUUGUGACAGGGAAAAGAGGCCUGAGCAGCAAAAUGGAGACCAUGAAAAUCUGAUGAAUGUGCCUUCAGAUAAAGAGGCAUUUAGUCACUCUGUCACAAGUCUGGCUACAGAUCCAAUUGCAAGCAGUGAACAAAAUGGUGGAAUCAGUAAUGGCGAUGUUCUUUCAGAAGAUAGUACAGCUGCUUCUCUCCAACCUUAUGAAGAAGUGCAAACCUCCAUUACAGAUCUUUUGGAUCAACAGGACACAUUGGGAAGAUCUUUAAAAUGUCAUCAAAGUAGAGAGCUACCUAGAAUUCCUCCAAAUAAUGCCAUAGAAACAAUUCUUACCACAAGAAAUGCAGAAAAUGACCAGAGUGUGGGAAUGGAAGGGCCCUAUGAAGUGUUGAAAGAUAGUUCCUCCCAAGAGAACAUAGUAGAAGACUGCUUGUAUGAAACAGUGAAGGAAAUUAAGGAUCUGGGAGCAGCAGCCAACUCAGAGAAAUGCAAACCAAAGAUGACUGUGAUGGUUAAUGGAAUUUUAGAUCAUGUUCUUGAGAAGAAGACAGAAGCGGCAGAAUAUGCAUCUGUUGACAGAAAUAAAAAAAGUUGCCACAGUGUUAAUUCAGAGAGUCCUCUUAGCAGUACAACUCCAGAUGUGGAAGAAGAAGCUCCACCUCCUGUACCAAUAAAACUUCUUGAUGAAAAUGAGAAUGUACAGGAUAAAGGAGCCAAAGAAGAGGAGGAAGUAAUGGAAAGGCUUAAUGAACCUGACAAGAGACUUAGUUCCUUGAUUUAUAAAUCUCGAGAAGAUGACCCAUCUCUUACAGAAGAUGAGAUUUCAGCAAUGUAUUCUUCUAUAAAUAAAACCGGACAACCCUCUAGAGACUUGGAAUCUACAUAUACCUGUAUUCCUGAACUUGUACCUCAGAAGUCUCCAUCUAUUUGCAGUGGCCUCUAUGCCAGUGUGAAGGACUUGGAAACAAAUCCAAACCUUACUGAUUUGCCUCAAUCAACAAUACUUCUAAAUGGGGACUUGGAACCAGACUAUGAGGCCAUUCAGACUCUAAGUCGAGAGGAGGAAAGAAACGUUUUGAUGUCUAGCACUCUUCAAACCAUCCUCCCACAAGAGAAUGACUAUGAGAGUAUUGGUGAUUUGCAGCAAAAUAAAGAUGUCACCAGGCUUUAAUUGAUUCAAAAACAAAACUUUGGAACAUGCUGUUCAGCAUGUCUUUCAAGAUGGAUUGAUUCCAUGACUUCAUUUUCAAACUCAACACACAGUUGGAAAUGUAAAAUGCCCAAAAAGUAUUUUGCUUGAAAUGAUGUCAGGCAACGUGAAACCUUAGCCUGGGAUGUUUGAUCAAUGAUUCCUGCUUCAUAUCCAUCAAACUAUCAUUCAGAUAUGAACUUACCCUAACAAGCAGGAAACAGGCAAAUGCUCCAUUUGAAGAACCAAGAUCACAUGGAUGAAAAAACACACACAAAUUGCUGCUGUUUCACAGUGAUUUUUCUACUCCCCUAAGUGAUGUUAUCACAUCAUAUAGAUAAAAUCAGAAUCAGAGAUGAGGAUUCUGGAAAGCUUCAAUAGAAGAGACAUGUUGAAGCAAGAAUGACAUGUUUGGAGCACAUGUUCAGACACAUACUCAUAUCUUAAUAUAUAAAAACUGGUACUGUUAAAUAAGGGCCUUUUUAAAAGAUCUUUACUUUCAGUUACUUCAACCAUUUAUUAAAAUGUGUUCCCAAAUUACACAUUCAUUUAGGUUGUUUUCAAACAUAGGCACAGCUUGCCAUAUAGAGUAGAUAAAUUUAGUGGGCUAAUUUGUCUUAAUUCAUUGUUUUCAACCAUGGCAACUAUAAGCUGUGUGGAUUUCAACUCCCAGAAUUUUCCACUCAGCAAUAGGAAAUUCUGGGAGUUGAAGUCCACACAGCUUAAAGUUGUUAAGAUUGAGAAAUGCUUCCCUAAUAUAUUUACGGUAAGGCAGCCCUGAGAUGUUGUGAAUGAAUGUGUUGGCCUAUUCUCAGGUUCAUGCUUCUGCUUUGAUCUUGCUCUAAAGUAACACAAGAGCAAUGAGUAAAACGCAGGCAUUUGUGGGAAUUAGGAAAGACUGCCUUUGUGAGGAACCACACAGAUGCGGUUGAAGAAAUCAUAUACAUCUUGUUUGCUUCAUGGAUUGUUUACAGAUUGGCUAUAUAAUUUCUUACUAUUUUUACAGUUUUUCAAUUUUAUAAUACCCAUUUUCUUUCAAUAAUAUGCUUGGAUUGAUUUACAUUUACUGGUGGUAGGAUCAGGAUAUUUUAAAAUAUGUUUAAUACAUACACAAUUUCUGCUUUUCAAACACUAGCAAUCACUUUUAUUUUUAUUCUUAAUGUAUUUUGCAACCUGUCCAAACAAGCUGCAACAUUUUGCAGAGGUUAUAAUUCUCUCAGAAACAAAAAAUGCAUCUUUAAGAAGUAUCUUUUUAUAUAAAAUUGUAAAUAAAAGGUAAGACACGUUAUAGACU